AUGGUUGAGCUGGUUAAAAUGGCAUCCAAUGUGAUACCUGAAGACGAACCACAACAAGAAAAUGAACCAACAGAGAAGCAUGUAUGCAAGUCAACAACCCCAAAGCGAUCAGAGUCAGAAGGUCACAAUAGCUCCACUGAUACUACAAGUGAUCAUGGCGAUCAAUCAUUCAAGCUAACAACCCCAAAUAGAUCAGAGUCAGAAGGGCACAAUAACGCCAUUGACACUACGACUGCUCAUGGUGGUGAACUACAAUUACCCAGACAAAAUAUGAUAUCUAUCAAUGGUUUACCAUCGAACAUGACCGACGAACGCCUGUUCAAAAGAUUAGAGAAAGUAUUUUCAAAUGUCGGUAAAUUUAAAAUUAAUCAACAAACAAGGAGAGCGUCCAUCGAUUUAUUUCGAGACAUGGAUAGCACGUUUCAAUCGAAAGUCACAGCAACGAUUACAUUUGAACACGAAGAAUCGGUGAUGGAAGCAAUUCAAAAAUACAAUGGAAAACCCGUACCAAUCUUAGAUAGCCCUAAAAUUUAUGUCAAGAAGUCAGAAAUGUAA